AUUUUACGUGCGGGCUCGUCGCUGUGUGAUGUAGUUUCGACGCCAUCUUUCUCCGAACUGUGGUCCGCGGAAUCGGUUGCACUUUUUCGGCUGGAGGUCGAUUUCGAGCUCGAGACGAGACCGGGCCGACCAGUACAGAGUCCCAGGACGAGACAGUCUGACUCCGUGGUCAUCUUAUAUCGAUGUUAAAUAUGGCAAAUCUGAAAUUUGUUCGGGUUUCUGCUUGAGAUUGUGGUUGGUGAUAUUCUCGCUGAUGUCUGGUGCAGAGAGAAGGUGGAGAAGUUAUUCCGUAUUGACAGUCGCCAAAAUAUACUGUAGCGAGUGAAUGUGAGGACAUUUUAGCACAAGCUAGGAAGCUUGGUAGCAAGUGAGUUUGAAGCUUCUUCACAUGCUUAAAGUGGUCAGCUUAAUGGAAAGCUUCUUCACCUGCUUAAAGUGGUCAGCAUAAUGGCAAGCUGCUUCGCAUGCUUACAGUGUUCAGCAUCAUGACAAGCUUCUUAGAGCUCAGCCGAAGGCAUAGUAUUGUGAGCAUAUAUCCAUAGCCGACCGCAAGGUCUGUAAAUCAGACUUCCUCAGAAGUAAUGGCAGAACAUGACUGUUCGUGUGCAAAGCGUCUGCCAAGCGGAAGGAGAACUGGCGCAUUCGCAGCACAGAUGGCAUUGAACUCGAAGAAGUCGAACUGCAGACUGUCAGCAGGAUCUGCUGUCGAUACUGGACUCGGACUUGAGUCCCCAAUGGUCGCGUGCCCGAUCUGCGACAAAGGCGUGAAGGCGGCUGACAUCAAUCGCCAUAUUGACUCUGAUUGCAAGGAGUUCAUCGAAGGAGCAUCGCCGCCUCCAACACAGACGCAGGCUGAUGGGGGAAGGCAGAAGAGCUCGAAGGCGGCGGCCUUCUUCACACCGGCAGCGAAAAAGAGCGCAUUGAGAGUCGAAGAUGGCUCAUCGCCGCUUGUAUCAAGCACACAGACGCCAUUUGCGAGACCUGCGCCAGUUGCGCCAUCCUCACUGCCGCCAAGCACUGCCCCCGCGAAACGACCCAGAGAUGAAGACGAGAGGGCGAUAUCAGGAGGCGAUAAGGUGCAGUCCACUGUUCCGGCUCUGAAGAAGGCCAAGAAUGCGCAUCAGCCAUUAGCAGAGCGCAUGCGACCAAAGAGCCUGGACGAAGUGGCAGGCCAAGAAUUGGUGGGCGCAAAUGGCGUGCUGCGAAACCUGAUCGUCACAGAUCGAGUGCCGUCCAUGAUAUUAUGGGGAGGCCCGGGCACUGGCAAGACAACCAUUGCAAGACUCAUAGCGCAGACGGCAGGUACCCGAUUUGUCGAGAUCAACAGCACUUCAAGUGGUGUGGCAGAGUGCAAGAAGCUAUUUGCGGAUGCCAAGAACGAGUUGGGCCUGACUGGCAGGAAGACCAUCAUAUUCUGCGACGAGAUACAUCGAUUCAGCAAGAGUCAGCAGGAUGUCUUCCUCGGGCCUGUUGAAGCAGGACAAGUGACACUAAUUGGAGCGACGACGGAGAACCCUAGCUUCAAGGUAGUAAAUGCGUUGCUGUCAAGAUGUCGGACUUUCACUCUUUCGAAGCUGACUGACGAGGACAUAUUUGGAAUUCUGCGCCGAGCAAUUUUGCGCGAGCUUCCGGGCCUGCCCACACCUUCACCAAGUCCUUCAGCAGAUCAAGCAGACGAGUCUGCGAACCACAAUGCUGAAGCUGACGGCACGAGCAUUCAACUCCUCACUGGAAAUGAGUACGCUCUCGUCCGCUAUUUGGCAGCCUUUGCCGAUGGAGAUGCGCGUACUGGCUUGAAUCUCCUCGAGCUUGCCUUUGAUCUGUGUCAGAAGCCCGGGAUGACAACGGACGACAUCAAGAAGAGUUUGACCCAGACACUUGUGUACGAUCGAGCAGGCGAUCAGCAUUACGACACAAUAUCUGCAUUUCACAAAUCGGUACGAGGCAGUAAUGCUGACGCCACGCUGUACUAUCUCGCGCGGAUGUUGCAGUCUGGCGAAGAUCCUCUCUACAUCGCCCGCAGAAUGGUAGUUAUCGCCAGCGAAGAUGUCGGGCUGGCAGACAACAGCCUGCUAUCACUCGCGACUGCGACCUACACCGCUGCAGAAAAGAUUGGCAUGCCAGAGUGUCGAAUCAAUCUGGCUCAUUGUGCUGUUGCCUUGGCUCUGGCGCCAAAAUCAGUUAGAGCCUAUCGCGGCCUCAAUGCAGCAUACUCUGCUCUCAACGAACCAGGCGUUGCAGGUCUUCCUGUCCCAAUACAUUUGCGCAAUGCCCCGACAAAGCUAAUGAAGGAGCUGGGAUACGGCAAGGAGUACAAAUAUAACCCUGAUUUCGAAGAUGGUCGAGUGGUACAGGACUAUUUGCCUGAAAAUUUGAAAGGUCGAACAUUUCUUGGAUCGAGAGAUCUUGGAGAUAAAGUUGAUCCUGAGAUUGCAGAAUUGGACGAGCAAGUACGUGCCGCGGAGGAGCUCGAGCAGAGUGAAGAUGUCAUAUUGGAUCCGGAUGGAGACUGA